AUGUGGAGAGUCCGGAAAAGGGGCUACUUUGGGAUUUGGUCGUUCCCCUUAAUAAUCGCCGCUGUCUGUGCUCAGAGUGUCAAUGACCCUAGCAAUAUGUCGCUGGUUAAAGAGACGGUGGACAGACUGUUGAAAGGCUAUGACAUUCGUCUGAGACCCGAUUUUGGAGGUCCCCCUGUGGCUGUAGGAAUGAACAUUGAUAUUGCCAGCAUUGAUAUGGUCUCUGAAGUUAAUAUGGACUAUACCUUGACCAUGUAUUUUCAGCAAGCCUGGAGAGACAAGAGGCUGUCCUACAAUGUAAUACCUUUGAACUUGACUUUGGACAAUCGAGUGGCAGACCAGCUCUGGGUGCCGGACACCUACUUCCUGAAUGAUAAGAAGUCCUUUGUCCAUGGAGUGACUGUCAAAAAUCGUAUGAUACGCUUGCAUCCUGACGGCACGGUCCUGUAUGGCCUCAGAAUCACAACUACGGCUGCCUGCAUGAUGGACCUAAGACGAUAUCCAUUGGAUGAACAAAACUGCACAUUGGAGAUUGAAAGCUAUGGAUACACAACUGAUGACAUCGAGUUUUACUGGCGUGGCGACGAUAACGCAGUCACCGGGGUGACGAAGAUCGAGCUUCCUCAGUUCUCCAUUGUAGAUUAUAAACUCAUCACCAAGAAGGUGGUCUUCUCUACAGGUUCUUACCCCAGAUUGUCCCUCAGCUUUAAGCUGAAGAGAAACAUUGGCUACUUCAUCCUGCAGACAUACAUGCCGUCCAUUCUUAUUACCAUCCUCUCGUGGGUCUCCUUCUGGAUUAACUAUGAUGCUUCCGCUGCACGAGUUGCAUUAGGUAUUACAACUGUCCUAACAAUGACCACAAUUAACACCCACCUCAGGGAGACCCUCCCUAAAAUCCCCUAUGUAAAAGCCAUCGACAUGUACCUAAUGGGGUGCUUUGUCUUCGUCUUCAUGGCUCUUCUGGAAUAUGCUUUGGUCAACUACAUCUUCUUCGGGAGAGGACCCCAGCGCCAAAAGAAAGCAGCUGAGAAAGCUGCUAAUGCCAACAAUGAGAAGAUGCGCCUGGAUGUCAACAAGAUAUUUUAUAAAGAUAUUAAACAAAAUAGGACCCAGUAUCGAUCCUUGUGGGACCCUACUGGAAACCUCUCCCUAACCAGGCAGACUACCAAUUAUGAUUUCUCUGUUAAUACUAUGGACCCACAUGAGAACAUCUUACUUAGCACUCUCGAGAUAAAAAACGAGAUGGCCACAUCAGAAGCAGUAAUGGGACUUGGAGACCCCAGGAGCACAAUGCUUGCCUAUGAUGCCUCCAGCAUCCAGUAUCGGAAAGCCGGGUUGCCUAGGCAUAGUUUUGGCCGCAAUGCUUUGGAGCGACACGUGGCACAAAAGAAGAGUCGCCUGAGGAGACGUGCCUCUCAACUGAAAAUCACCAUCCCUGACUUGACUGAUGUAAAUGCCAUAGAUCGGUGGUCCCGCAUUUUCUUCCCGGUGGUGUUUUCCUUCUUCAACAUUGUCUAUUGGCUUUAUUACGUGAACUAA